GCUUAAAUUGUGGAUCUGCGUCUACGUAUAAGUAGUUAAUAAUAAGAAUGAAUUAGAAAUUAAGUGAAAAAUUAUAUCUUUAUUUUUUAAACUGAACAAGUAAGGUAGGCAUUUAUUUUUAGCACAGUGGAGUGGACGGAGAGAGUAUAUGUUUGUGAAUAAAGAAAAGAACUUACACUACCCGAAAUAGACUUUCCCUGUUCAGUCUUCUGAGAACCACCAGAGCUCUCGCUGUUUCCAGAAUUUAUUCCGGCAGAGGAUCCACCAGACCCAGAAUUUGAUUGAUUACUCGAACUUGAGGUGUACAAAAAACUGUAACAAAUGAACCCAGUUUCCAAUCGAUCCACACACAUAGUUUGUAAUCCAAGAAAAAGAAACUCAUUAAUCAGAAACUAGACUAUUGAAGAGAUGGCAGAUCGUUUCUUUCCGAACACCAUGCCUAGUUUCGUCGAUGAAACUACAAUUAAAGAAUCGUUUCUUGAAGGAGCAAAAGAUCCACUGUCGGAGCUUCUAUAUUUGCCUUAUGGUACUGUUUGUGAGAAGCUCAAAAGGGUUGCUUUUGAUCUCAAAGAAACGAUUGUGAAGGAAACAUGGGUAUGUAAAGGGGGAAGUGUGAGUGACUAUACAAUUUAUACUGGAGCUUUGGGAACUGCUUUUUUGUUAUUUAAAGCUUACCAUGUUACUCGUGACAAGAAUGAUCUUGCUCUCUGUUCUGAUAUUAUCAAGGCUUGCGACUCUGCUUCCCGUGGUUCUGGGCGUGUGACUUUUAUAUGUGGACAGGCUGGUGUUUAUUCUCUUGGUGCAGUUGUGGCUAAACACAGUGGGGAUGAACAGUUGUGUGACCACUAUCUGACAAAAUUCAAAGAGAUUGAGCUUCCUAAAGAUCUUCCAAAUGAGUUGUUGUAUGGGAGAGCUGGUUUCUUGUGGGCUUGUUCAUUCUUAAACAAAACUAUUGGUAGUGAAACAAUAUCUCCGACCCGAAUUCGAGCAGUUGUUGCUGAGGUUAUAAACUCCGGACGAAAAAUGGGAAAAGGAAGAUGUCCUCUAAUGUAUGAAUGGCAUGGGAAAAGAUACUGGGGUGCUGCUCAUGGGCUAGCUGGGAUAAUGCAUGUACUUAUGGACAUGGAACUGAAAGCAGACGAGGUCGAGGAUGUGAAGGCCACACUUCGUUAUAUGAUCCGAAAUCGUUUUCCCAGUGGAAAUUACCCCUCAAGUGAAGGAAGUGAAUCUGACCGACUUGUGCAUUGGUGUCAUGGUGCUCCAGGUGUUGCCCUUACUCUUAUCAAAGCAGCUAAGGUUUUCAGCAAUGACGAGUUUCUAUUGGCAGCUGCAGAAGCUGCUGAGGUGAUUUGGAAUCGGGGCUUACUCAAACGAGUUGGAAUAUGUCACGGUAUUAGUGGGAAUUCCUAUGUAUUUCUUUCACUAUAUCGUUUGACAGGUAAAGUUGAGUACUUGUACAAGGCAAAGGCCUUUGCGUGCUUUCUGCACGCUAGAGCUCAAACACUCAUAUCAGAGGGAGUUAUGCACGGAGGUGAUCGCCCAUACUCAUUGUUUGAAGGAAUCGGAGGAAUGGCUUGUCUAUUUCUCGAUAUGACAGAUCCAAUGGAAACGAGGUUCCCUGCUUAUGAUCUCUAGUUCUGUACAUACAGAAUACGCUGUAGAUUGUAAAAUCAGCUAUGUAAAUCUUUUAUGUAAGGCGGAUGUAUCAUAAACAACCUAUCAUUUCCAGGUUGCUGAUGAUGCAUUGAUGUAGAAUCAGCUUGUGUUUUCUAUUACAUUUCUUGCAUGUUCCCUUUACCAAACUUGCAAGGCAGAAACUGAACUUCAAAUAGCUAGCCAGAAAUAGCAAAAAUUGCACCUC